GCGGUGGGGAGGUGCUGCGCUCACCUGCGGGGCAGGGCGCGGAGGAGGGACCCGGGCGGUGAGGUCUUGGGCCGAGGGGCCAGGACGCGCCCGGAGCCUCGCCAGCGAUCACGCUCAGGGUUUACCCCUCCCGUCGGCCGGGCGAGACCGUGGGGCAAAGCAGCUCUUUGCUUUGACAGAGCGGAGGCGUGGAGAGCGGCGAGUGAGAGCCAGCAAGCCAGGCUGAGAAACUCGAGCUGGGAACAAAGAGGGAUCGGGCUGUGUGUGUGUCGGCUCGAGCUCCGGGCAGAAGCAUUUGGGCCCGAGGCUCCUGCUGUGACUCCCCAAGACCCCGCCGAGCCCUCUAAGGCCUUUUCCCAGCGCUCGCCGGCAAACUUUAUUCUUGGCAAACUUCUGGUCUUUCUCUUCCCCUCCUCCUCCUCCUCCACCUCCGCCUCCUCCUCCUCCCCCUCUUCCAGCAGAUUAAAUGCUCCGCAAGAAGGAAAACCGAAGCAAAAGGGAAGCAAAUAAGAAGCUCUAAAACGGACAUUUCCAGUUCGGUGGCUCUUUAUUUUACUUUAUCUUUUUACCCUUCAGGAAGUGGACUUUUCAUUAUCUUCUGAUUCUCUUUAAACCUCCGCUGGGGCAAACGGAGCCAUUUGGCCCAGCUCGCUUCUCCUUCAUCGGAAAACAAACUACUAAAUCGGCAUCCGAGGAAUCUACGGUGGGGAGGUUUGCGCGGAGCAGCGCCGCCGGACUCUCUGUUCUCUGGGGUGUGCUGACCCCUCCAGAACCGGUGUCUUCCGCGCACACAGGCCGGCGGGGAGCGUGGGGUGGCCCGCCGGGCCAGGGCAGGCUAGCCCAGCGCGCGCGGAGCCGCGCAGACGCCCCCAGAGGCGCCAGCUGCGGCUGCCCUCGCAGUCCCGUGCCCUUCGGCCUCAGAGGCGGGCGCCGGCGUCUAUCUCCGCGAAGCGGGAAAGCGCGGGAGGCCGCCAGAGCUUGGGCGCCGCCGCAGCUGCUCCGGCUGCCGGCCGGCGGCCCCGCGCUCGCCUGCCUCGCUUCCGCCCGCAGUCCUCCCUCACGCAUCCAGCUCUCCUUUCCCUCCCCCCACCCUUGCAUUGACCCCCCUCUCUUUCCUGCUGUCGCCGCGGGUGCUCCCACAGCGGAGCGGAGAUUACAGAUUCGUCGGGAUGCCCCAACUCUCUGGGGGAGGCGGCGGCGGCGGGGGGGACCCGGAACUCUGCGCCACGGACGAGAUGAUCCCUUUCAAGGACGAGGGCGAUCCCCAGAAGGAGAAGAUCUUCGCUGAGAUCAGUCACCCCGAAGAGGAAGGCGACUUAGCCGACAUCAAGUCCUCCUUGGUUAACGAGUCCGAAAUCAUCCCCGCCAGCAACGGACACGAGGUGGCCAGACAAGCACAGACCUCUCAGGAGUCCUACCACGACAAGGCCAGAGAACACCCUGAUGAUGGAAAGCAUCCAGAUGGAGGCCUCUACAACAAGGGACCCUCCUACUCUAGUUAUUCUGGCUACAUAAUGAUGCCAAAUAUGAAUAACGACCCAUACAUGUCAAAUGGAUCCCUUUCUCCACCCAUCCCGAGAACAUCAAAUAAAGUGCCCGUGGUGCAGCCGUCCCAUGCGGUCCACCCGCUCACCCCCCUCAUCACUUACAGCGACGAGCACUUUUCUCCAGGAUCACACCCGUCACACAUCCCAUCAGAUGUCAGCUCCAAACAAGGCAUGUCCAGACACCCGCCAGCUCCUGACAUCCCCACCUUCUACCCGCUGUCUCCGGGCGGUGUUGGCCAGAUCACCCCACCUCUUGGCUGGCAAGGUCAGCCUGUAUACCCGGUCUCGGGUGGAUUCAGGCAGCCCUACCCGUCCUCACUGUCAGUGGACACUUCCAUGUCCAGGUUUUCCCAUCAUAUGAUUCCUGGUCCUCCUGGUCCCCACACAACUGGCAUCCCUCAUCCAGCCAUUGUAACGCCUCAGGUCAAACAGGAGCAUCCCCACACUGACAGUGACCUAAUGCACGUGAAGCCUCAGCAUGAACAGAGAAAGGAGCAGGAGCCAAAAAGACCUCACAUUAAGAAGCCUCUGAAUGCUUUUAUGUUAUACAUGAAAGAAAUGAGAGCGAAUGUCGUAGCUGAGUGUACCUUAAAGGAAAGUGCAGCUAUCAACCAGAUCCUCGGCAGAAGGUGGCAUGCCUUGUCCCGUGAAGAGCAGGCUAAAUAUUAUGAAUUAGCGCGGAAAGAAAGACAGCUACAUAUGCAGCUUUAUCCCGGCUGGUCUGCAAGAGACAAUUAUGGUAAGAAGAAGAAGAGGAAGAGGGAGAAGCUGCAGGAGUCUGCAUCAGGUACAGGUCCAAGAAUGACAGCUGCCUACAUCUGAAACAUGGUGGAAAACGAAGCUCAUUCCCAACGUGCAAAGCCAAGGCAGCGACCCCAGGACCUCUUCUGGAGAUGGAAGCUUGUUAAAACCCAGACUGUCUCCACGGCUUGCCCAGUCGACCCCAAAGGAGCACUGACACCAACGUUACCCUGAGGUCAUUGCUAGAGACGCUGAUCCAUAGAGACAAUCACUGCCAACUCACCUUUUGUCUACUGCAAGAGCCAAUUUCCAAAAGAAAGCAUAAAAAGGUUGUUUUUUAGAAAAAGAAAUUAAAAAGCACAUGAGAAUGCUAGCAGGCCCCGGUCAGCUGAGCAGCUUUUCUCCCCUCGUCUCUGAGUGCACGUCCCAGAGCAUCUUGCGUCCAUACCUGUACCUUUUGGCAAGGACAGUAACUUGGCUCCGUGUGCCUGCCACGCACAACUGGAGCCAGCAACCAGCACAUCCAUCAGCACCCCAGUGGAGGAAUUUGUGGAAGAGUUCCCCCUUUGUUUCUGUCUUCAUUUUUCUUUCUCUUCCUUUCUCCUAAAAGCUUUUAUUUAACAGUGCAAAAGAUCAAUCUUAUGUUUGCUUCUUUUUUUUUUAAACUUGAAUUUUUAAAAAUUACACUUCUUAGUUUUAAUUUUCCUGUAUAUUUUGCUAGCUAUGAGCUUUAAAAAAAAAUUCAAAGGUCUGGAAAAGUUUGAAAUAAAAACAAAAUGAAAAGAAGCCUCUUCUGAGACAUCUUGUCUAAUAAGUGGCUUCUCUGUGAAUUGCCUGUAAUGAAUAAUGGCCUCUCUGUCCUUGUAAGGUGUUCGAUAGAGCUAAAUAAACAUAAUAGCCAAAUCCACUGUUGGUAGCAAUUGGCAAUCCUAUUUCACUCACUUUUUUUUUUUUUUUUCUUUUUUUAAAUGGUAAACCUUAACAGAUACUGUCAGCAGACUGGUUUGCAGUGAAUUUUCAUUUCUUUCCUUUUCACUCCCUUGUUGUAAAAAGCCCAGCACUUGAAUUGUUAUUACUUUAAAUGUUCUGUAUUUGUAUCUGUUUUUAUUAGCCAAUUAGUGGGAUUUUAUGCCAGUUGUUAAAAUGAGCAUUGAUGUACCCAUUUUUUUUUUUUUUUUAAAUAGCAAGGCACAGCCUUUGCCCCAAAUUGUCAUCUAACAUUUGUCAUUCCAGUUUGAGUUAACGUGCUGAGCAUUUUUUAAAAGAAGCUUUGUAAUAAAACAUUUUUUUAAAAGUGUCA